CUUUUCAGGUAGUGCUGGAACCUGUAUUAACAUGGAAGUUGCCAUUUCCCUAUAAUGACAUUCGGCAAGUGUUUGAUUGGCUGUUCUGGUCCCAGUGCUUGAACCCAAGGCCAUCACUGGGCAACAAAUGAAAGGUGGAAGUUGUUCCCAAGACUUGGAUAAAUGGAGGUCAUUGCUCAUGGCCGAUGGGAAAGUGUGACAUAUCAAAGCUAGUGAGGAAUGCUGUGAAGCUGAUUCAUCCUGGGCUACAUUUCCAGUUGUCAUCAAAAAAGACCUAUGUGAUUACCAGUGAAGAUGAAAGUUGGAGGUCAAAUCGGCUGGAAGAUGACAUUGCUGAUGUAGCAGCUAUGCCAAUGAGUGCAAAACCUCCCCAAAAAAGAACAAAGAGAGUCUUAGCCAUGACUUACUUGAAUCAUCAACAUAAAGAACAUGGACUGCAAAUCAAGUGAAAGUCACUUUGCAUCUGGCCCAGGUUCUGGAUUCCAUGAUGCUGAGGUGAAAUCAAAACAUCUUAAGAAGCAGAUUCAUGGAAAUGUCAUCAAGUCAUUACGUGAGAGUUAUCCUCAUGGUGAGAGUUCCUGUGGGAUUCCUGAAAAUUUCACAACAGCUAAAUUUGCCACACAAUCAUUUGUCACACAAAAAGAAUUUUCCACCUUUGCAACAGAAGCCAUCAAUCUUCUGACAAGCAUACGCCAAGAGGUUCGGUCCCAGAGCAAGUACUUUGCUCGCUGGGAGAGCUUUGCAGGCAUGCAAGUGCUCAAGUCCCACAGUUACACAACCUCCCUACCACAUCUCCUAAGGCAUUCCUGCAGCUUUGACACGGUGGAGAACGUUGGCCAUGCCCGAGAUUGCCGGAUGCUGGAGGAUGUCGAGGGAUAUCUGGCAUCACAGUUGCUGGACAUGUUCCCUGAGAUCCUGUAGGACAGCACUGAUUGUGCCAAUGAUGGGAAUGAUGGUGGUCUUCAGAACACAACCAUUAAACUUCCAAUUUGCAGAUUGUGAGAUCUGGCCUGUUACAGAUGAUGGGGCAGUCUGUUAUUAUUGGUAUGUCCAAGAGUACCAUUACAGACUGGAUGGUGUUCAUACCACUUUGGAUGUCCACUCUGGGACUUCCUGGGACAUGGGCAUGCUUGCAGACACACCAGUGGACGUAUUUGCAUACCUGGUUGUCCCUGUGCAAGUACUCUUUUUGGGGCUAGUUCGGGGCAGGCAUUUGGAGGAUGGUGAACCGUUUCAGAUGGGCCGUGACAGUAUCGGCAGCGGUCUUCAACGUCCAGCUUCGGGAUGUGCUUCUCGUAAUUAUGAUGGUGCUGGACCAUGGAUACAAGGAUGUAGUACUUUGGCUUGGUCCUGGAGCAAUGCUUUGUGGGCAUCAUUGAUUGUGUCAGCGACCUCAAACCAUCAUGCAUACAAGCACUUGGGAAGAGAAAGAAGUCAUGGAGCAACAGAUACAGUGAGUAUACCAGGCAAGCUAGCAUCUCCCAGUCCUAGGACACGUCUUUUUCUCCAGCCGCUAGCAGCUGCUGGCAAAAAAGAUGCAUUGGCUAGGCACGACCACGUCGCUGAAUGAUGUCACUGUUGAGCAAGCAGCUGCGAGUGGGACAUAGCGAACUAUGGGAACGCUGAGCAGCUAAGCCUUAAAAUGACGUCAUCGGAUGCUGGGGGCCUCAGCAGAGUCAGCUGAGCGGCUAGCAAAAAGGGCACGCCCCUAGUCUGGUGUGACCUCCAGGACUUUGCACUUCCAAAGGGGAGCCCCAUUGUCUUGCAACAGAAGGGGCCGGUUGCACUGACUCGGUUAAGCCAGAAUUUCAUGCAAAGUCUGACUUUGGAUGCCUGUCUAAAACUUUAGCCGGUUGCACUGAACCUGACUAAUCUCAAAGCCUGACUUUCAAGUCUGUCUAAUCUCAAGCCACCUUCGGGGUGUCUUAACUGAAUCAAUUCUGACUUGAAACGUCAUUAUCUGAUUUCUUCGAGAAGCUGUGGUUAUGGUUCACUCGAUUGCCCGACCUGAGAGAGAAGUAGAAACUUCAAGGAUGUUCCAGGAAAGGCUUGAUCCCCUUGGAACAGCUUAGUGAUUCUGAACUUUAUGAAAGGUACAGACUUGACAGAGAAGGAAUUUCCAAAUUGACUGAUUUGCAGGCUGACCGAUAUCCUCUCCAAUGACGUUCAUGACUGCUUUCGAGAUUUUAUGCUGUGGAAGUGGUUGCCCUCCUCCUUCGACUCUGCACAAUGGAAUGUCACUUAAUAGAAUACUCCACUUGAUGGAAUACCAUUGCAAGGUCCCGAUAUUUUGUCCAGAGGACGCAUUAUGAAAAACAUUGCAUGAAGGAAUACGGUUAGUAGAAUAACUCCCUUAAAGGAAUCAAACUUUUCUGGAUUGUGAAUGUUUUUUUGUUUUUUUCUUGUCUUUUGAGAAACAAAUGGCUUAUUUUUCCUACUGUGCAUCCUUGGAAAAUCCCCACCAGCCCUCUCCCCAGUCCCACCCUCUCGCUUUGUGGAAAUUGGGCUGUAAAUAUAGGCUGCAGAUGUGGAGACGAGGCCUGCCCUUUUCAGGUGGAAGUGGAAGCAAGUUCACCCGGGCAGUAAGUUGAGGCUGUAACCAACAGAUCUGCUCAUUCCCCGAGUUGACCAUGGGGAGAAGGAAGGACCUCAGCUUGGCCAAAAAGAUUGCAGUUCUGAUCAAGAAGAAAAGAAGACGCAAACUGAAUUGGCUCGGCAGUUUGGGAUUUCUCAGCCGCAAGUUCAUCAAAGAUAAGGAAGCAUUGAAGGAUGGAGUACAAGAAGAACGGAAACGUGAGACGGAAGAGGAAACGGGAGAGCAAGGUAGGAGAUGUUGACUGAACGUUGUGGCUGUGGUUUGAGCAGAUGCAGUUGAAGGGACAGCCAAUCAACGGAGAAAAUUAAAGAGAGGAUAACCGUACUCCUUUGUGGCAAUCGGACAAGACUGCACUGCUGAUCAUUGGCAAAAGCAAGAAUCCUCGGUGCUUCAAGCAUCUCAAGAACUUUCUCGUGCCGUACGAAGCAAACAAGAAUGCCUGGAUGACUGGGCAUGUCUUUGAUGAAUGGAUCUUAGACCUGGAUGAAGCAAUGAAGAAAAAUAAGAAGAAGAUCAUCCUAUUCGUGGAUAAUGCCAC